AUGCGUCUCCACCUCAUUAUUCAACGCCACGGUCUACCCGUAACGCGCAUUCUGUGGACGACCGCAUCACCGUCUCUUUACGGUCAGAGUACAUCGUCUGCUCUCCCUGCAUUUGCGUCAGCUAUUACCUCUUCACGCGCGCCUAAUGCGCUCUAUGCGAAUGGUGGCUAUACUAUUGCUCAGCUCCUGGAAGAUGUCAAUGAAGUUGUUCCUCUUGAGACGGAGCCAGCACUGUUUGACAGUGAGUUCAGUGGGCAAUGGGGACUUGAGGACUAUGUAGUUGAAGUGGGGGGCUCCGAGUGUCUACAUUUCAUGGAGGUGGAAGGUCUUUUGAGAGAUGGCGACGAAGUUUUGAUUCGCGCGCUACAAAUAUCCGACUUACGGGCUAGGCGACUGACCGGGCGGCAUCAAAUCUCGACCGAUGGCAAGCACCUCAUAGACGGUGUACCCUUUGGUAAGCCUUUUCUGAAACGACCGGUCUCCUCAAGACCUGCGAUUACGAUCCCUCCACGGAAAAGAAGGCGUACUACAUUUGCGACACAAGAUAAUGUAGUCGGGUAUCAUGAGGAGGAUACGGAGUGGGCUCUUCCGCGAAUUCGCUCUUUCAAAGAACUUUCGGCUCUCAGAGGCGUCGAUGAGCCUGAAACUGGUAUUAUGGAUGGCAAUGUGGAGUAUAAUGACGAUGAGGAUGAGGAUGAAUAUGAGGACUACCAUGAAAGCCACGAGGAUACUGGCAAUGGUACCGUUAUUCGCCAUCACGUCGAUAACACUGAAGAUGCCGAAGCAUCAGAAAGCGACGCAGACGCAUCUGAUAUCGAUGCUAGAGACUUGGAAGAUGAGUUAAAGGACCUAAAAGAGGAUUUGGAUAUCUCGGCUAUGCCAGAAACCGAGUCAACGGAUGAUGAACAACAUGAAACUGAACGCAGAGGCUAUGCAUUACGCUCAAGGCUGAGUACCUCACAUGCAGCACCGACUAAGAGUUCAGUUGCACAAGUCAUUCAGGCUUCUUCAGAAGCACAUUCCUUCCGAAGGGAUUCAAAAGCUGUUAGGUUCAGUCAGCAAAAAGAGGGGUCGCCAAUGCUUCCUUCCCUAGAAUCUGCGAUAGCCAAGGCACCGCCAGCUUCGGAUUCAAACUCCGAUUCAAGCGAUAGUGCCAGUAGCUCUUCUUUGAGUGACUCCAGUAACACAGAUUCGGGUGACGGCUCGAGUUCUUCAGACGAAUCAUCCUCCGAAUCAAGUGAUGAUUCUAGCUCCGAUUCAGACAUUUCCACUUCAGAGUCGGAGGAUGAAGAGAUAUCAACCGCACCACUCGUAGCCAACCCACCUGGCUAUGGCUCCGUAAGAACGAAGAAGAGCAAUCAACGCAACAAAAUGCGACGAAGACUGUCAAAGUUAAAAGAGCUUGGUGCGUUGCCCGCGGAGGCAGAUUUUGCUGCUCUGCGAGACUGGGAAGACAAGAAUAAAGGCCAGCGCUUUGUGCCUGAAAUUUCAGGUUCUAAUAAAGGCCCUGAGAUGGAAGAAUUCGAGGAAAGACGGCAAAAGUUGCUCCGUGAUAUUGACUCAGGGGGCAUCGAUAUUACCGAUGGCACAUUUUCCCCUCUAAAGCCGGUCGAGGAAAGCAACCAGUCGCAAUCUAAAGAGCUUGCAAAGCAGCACGAAGCUACUGUGGAGGAGGCCGGCGAAGUCGUCCCAGAGCCAAAACGACGCACCCUAGAUGUUGCAAGCUCUAGAAGGUUACUCUUCGGCUCCCUUGGUGUUAGAACACCGCGAACCAAAGAAGACGAGGAAGCUACUCGAAAGAAGCUCGCAGGGAAGGCGAACAAUUUCGUUCCUCAGAAGAAAGUGUCUGAUGAACUUACAGAUGCCCCUGAAAGUGACCUGGACGAGGACUGGGAAAAUAAACUCAUAGUUAGAGCUACUGAGUGCGUUUAUGAUGACAUUCAAUUGACGGCGCCUCCUUUUCCUUUCGAGCAGCGUUGGGAUUACGAAGCUGGUGACCUUAUCAGACAACGAAAAGGCUUAGGAAAGAAGAGGAAAAGGCGCCAGCAACUCCAAGUCUACGAUGAGGAAGAAGGUGAUUAUGGAGGUGGUGAGGAUAGUUUUGUCGACGAUGAUCUGCAUCACAACUACGAUGACUCGGAGCAACUUUACAGCGAGGCAAACGAUCAUGAAGCUGCGCAGAUUGCAGAAGAAAAAUCAGAUGAUUUGCCUUCAGUCCCAAGUGACCCAAGCUCUCUUCGCGACCUUGUUGAAGACGACUUGAAAUGUGGAUGCGUACUUGCCUUUAAACAGCUGGAUGUGUCUAAGGCCACAAAUUGGCAACCCACCGUGACCGAUUUUCGAGUUGCGGAGAUACAUGAUGUGUAUGAUGAUGGGACCCUCAAUCUCCGGCUUGCGAAGCGAGACCGCAGACAGGUCAAAGAAAUAGAACUCGAGGAAGAUGGACCUCAGUAUAGUGGGUUUGAAAUGCCGGGCUAUGAAGACGAAGGUGAAGAUGACGGCUUCAGGGAGAUGUCCUUUGCCGAUCUUAUUGACCCGAAGCUUCUUCGGCCUGCAGAACUUGAAAAGACUAAGCAGACCAGCAAGUCAUUGCCUCGCGAUCACGCGCUCACCCGACCAAGCUCCCCAGAGUUAUUUCCGCGAAGCCCCAGUCCGGCUACAAACCAACCUGGGAUGUCCGGCGGGCUUACAGACUAUGAACAAACAAUCAAGGAAUCUAGCAAGCUGCCUAACAAACUGGAUCCCGAGGUACCGACAAGCAGUAUGACUGAUAAUAUACAUACUUCUAUAGGUGACGCCAAUCCUGAGAUAAGGUCACCGACGUUCGAUGGGUUCCAAUCUUCUAGCCCAACGUCAGGGCAGCCGCUGAAGGCUAGCUUGUAUGAUUCUGACAGCAGUUGCUCCGACCCUCACUCCCUUGAGGGAAAAGAUGUUCAGUUUAUGUCCCACUCUUCUCCGCCUCCCAUUCUUCCUGAUAAUUUCUCGUCGUUACCCCCAUCGGAUGACGAUCUGCAGAUGCUUAGCACCCCAAGGAGUGAAGUCUCGUUCAGCCGCCUGAUGGACCAGCUGUUCGAUGGCAGCAAAGAGAAAAGUAGCUCCCCUUCAAUAAAAAGGGAAGUGAGUCAACUCCCGGAAAGGCCGGCCUCUCGGUCAUCAACUGGUUCCGUCGUUCCCAAUCCGGUUGACAAAAUUGUCAAAACUCCUGAAACCCGGCGUCGACGUAGCUCUCAGAAGCAGAGAUGCAGCAUUAAGGAAGGAGACACAACACUGGAUUAUGUGUCUGCAGUGGAAUUUCCUUCUUCACCUUCUCCACGCCGAUCAGGGAGGGUGAGGACGAGGAAGUCAUACCCGUCGCAAGAUGAUCCAAUGGUCAGCGCUGCCAUGGGGAACGUUCCACAGGGCAAGCAGAAGAUCUCAGGCACUCAUGACUCCUCGGCGCCCCAAGGAAUAAUCGACUUGACUCAAUCCAGCCCUGCAGGGUCUCCCGGAGGCAGUGGCCAGGAUUUUUCUCGGACCCGUCGGCUUUCUCGAGGCCCAGGAUGGAUGCAUAAGGAUAUCUCCGGCACCCGCAGAGAAACCAGGUUGUCAUCGGCGGGGCCAAAAGUACAGGUCAUGAAAGAGGUCAGUAUCGGUCCGUCGCCGCGGCGGGGAAGAAAGCGGAGGCCAAAAUCCUAG